GGGUGGACAGAGAGAGAACCUAGAGAAGGGAUAAGCAAAAACUUGUAGAGCAGUAGAAGGGAUGGACGGUCGUGUGCGACCCACGAGUUUGUCCAGUACUCGUAUAGCGAUCGACCUGGGCACUUCGUCGUGCGCCGCUGCAGUGUGGCGGGAUGGCACAGUACACGUCAUACCCAACGAGUUUGGCAGACGCUCGACUCCCUCUUUCGUUGCUUUCACCGACAAGAAACGUUUGUUGGGCGAGCAAGCUCAGAAGCUCGUUCAGCGGAGACCUGAAAAUGUGCUGUUCGAUGUGAAGAGACUGAUCGGGCGGGAUUACGAAGAGAUAAAUCAGCGCACAGGGGGGACAUGCUGGCCAUUCAAAAUCACAGGAGACAGAGACAGGUCGACAGAGAUAAGAGUUGAAGUGAGCAGCGAGUUCCUGCGCUCUCUUCUGAACGAGGAGAGAAGAAGCAUCCACUCUGAUGUCGCUCGCAGCAGCGAAGCUGUCCGCUCAGAGCGCGAAAGGACUGUUUCCGGCGACUCAUCCCCCGCUUCGGCGCCGACCCGCGGAACGAAGCGGAUUGACCACCCGCCGAACCUCCCGCCUCGUGCUCCCGCGCUCCCCGCCAAUCUCCCGGAUAGUUCCGCCGGCGACCUUCCGAUUCCGCAUCCUUGUCGAACAAGGCCUGCCGAGGUAGAGAGCACCCUCUUCGCCCCGGAGGAGAUCCUCGCGAUGCUGUUGGCAAAGAUGAAGAGCCUUGGUGAAGCUUUCCUCCAAGGCAGCGAGCUCAGCGUCGCGGCAAUUACCGUGCCAUCUUGUUACAACGACAGGCAACGGAGGGCAACGAAGCGGGCGGCGGAGAUUGCAGGCUUCACGGACGUGGUGCUUGCCGACGAAGCCACGGUAGCCGCUCUAUCGUAUGCGCAUCACAUGGGCAUGCUCUCGGGGGAACGAGGGGAUCCGCUUCAAGCAAAUGUAGGCAGAGGGGCGUCGAAGAUUAUCGUGUUUGCGCUAGGUGGAGGAAGCUUUGACGUUGCCCUUGUGACCAUCGCCGACGGGAGACUCAGAGUGCAAGCAGUGGCUGGCAAUCCCAGUCUGGGCGGGAAGGACUUCGAUGACAAGGUAAUCGACCUUAUCAUGAGAGAUUGUGUGAGGAAGUCUGGAGAUGUUCGAGAGGUGAGCAGAGGUGCGUUGCGCAGGUUAAGGGUCGCAAGCGAGAAGGCGAAACGGGAUCUCACUCUGCUCAACGACGCAACCAUCGAAGUCGAAUCGGCUUUUCAGGACCAGGAAGACAUCAAAAUGCGUUUGGAGAGGGGACAGUUCGAGAGAGUCUGUGAGAGGUUGUUUGAAGAAUGCAUGCAAUCUCUAUUUGGAGUCCUCGGUGAAACUCGCACUAGGAAGGAGGACGUGGACGAUGUGGUACUCGUCGGGGGCUCCACGCGCAUUCCCAAGAUCGUCGAGAUGCUGCGCGACUUCUUCGGCAGGGAACCAGUGCCUCUGUUCCACCAAGACGAGGCAGUCGUUCGCGGUGCAGCACUUCUCACGGCCUUUGCAGGCCAGGUCUUUCACGUCAAUCCGCUGGAAAUCGCUUUCGGUAGUUCGGAGGGGAAGUCCGGUGAAGUACGUUUCCCUAUGAGACCAGGUCGGAUGAGGAUAUCCAUUCCUCGGCGCCGAUUUUUCUAUCGAUGUCGACCGACGGAGUGGUGCACGGAGGUAUGGGAGAAGAGGUGUAUCUCAAGGAACCUGGUGCGUAUGGGUGUAUUGGUCGCCGAGCUGGAGGAUGAACUUCUGUCUGAGACGUUCGAGCGCGAGGGCGCGUGCAUGGAUGUGCAUCUAUGGAUGAACAAGAGCGGAGUGCUCAGCCUACCGGCAGCGCAACGACGGUUCCAGGGUGGGGUCAUGUCCUUUUACAAAGUGCGGCAAUAUACCGUCGAGGAGGUGCGUUUAUGGAAGAACCGCGCUCGACAGCUGAUUGCGUUCGAACGCAAGUGUGCACAGGUUCGGCAAGCGAGGCACCGUUGGCAGAAAUACGGCGUGGAAGUGGCUCGGCAGGAGGCUGAGAUCCCCGCUUGGCUGCGGAGCGUCAUCUGGUCGCUCAGGCUUGAGGUCGACCAGUUGCUUCAAGGGGCAGAGGAGGAGGAGAGAGGAUGGAGCGCUGCGGUGUUCGAGUCGCAAUUCACGGAGUUCUGUCGCUUGUGCGAGUUGGUGUUUGGGGAGAUGUGGGCUCGUUCGCUUUCAAGCAGGAAGUUUUUGGUUGUCGAUCGCUGGAGGUCGGAGGACAUCGAGCUAUGUCUGCGGAAUCUGGCAAGCCAAGCGGAUGGCGGAAGGAACAGAACAGGCAGCAGUAACGCUGAGACGAGAGCGGGUGCUGAUCUGUGCGAUCUCGUCGUCCGCUUGCCAAUCAACAGGCUUCCCGCCAGAAGGACUGAGGUGGAUCAGAAGCUCCACAACAUGGACAUAGCCGCGGAUUACAGGAUGUCGCCGCAGUUUCUUAGAGAUCAAGGCGUUUCCUAUGUUAUCGUCGGAACAGAGGGCGGGAACCCGGAAUGGAACAGAAUCGUUGGACUCCAGGUGGCCAUGGCUGUACACGCCGGUCUCCUCGUCAUACUGCGAAUCGAAGGACGCCGGCAGGCGGAGCAGAAAAUACGUCGGAAGCGGGAGAAGGACCAGGAAAACGUGCGGGGGGAGCAGAUUGAGAACCAGGACGACCUCUGGGACCAGGAGGAGGAGGGUGGGACCCUUUGGGACCAGGGCCAGGAGAUACGUCAUUGCCAAGAACAGCUCGCCGCUGUUAUACGGGUUGUGGGCAGCGAUUGGAGAAACAUAAGUCUGGCUUAUAUCUCCCCCCGGUUCGACAUGUGGACAGCUCCAUCUCUCGAGACGGCUGCUAUGAUGGAGGCACCUGAUACUUCUCUGCUACUCGGGGAUGUGGUUGGGACCGUUGAGCAUUUGCGGCGGGUGAUCCAGACUUCGAUCAGUCCUGACGCUGCUUCGGCGACGCCCAUCCUCUUUGGGGGAAACGUCACCGAGAGCAUCUGGAAUGCCCUCACGAAACAUAAGGAAAUAGACGGGUUUCUUCUUGAGCACGCGCUCCGAGAUCCCGAUUUCCUCGGCAGAAUCAAGGCGCCAAGAUGGAAGUCCAGAGGGAAGUUCUUGCUGUGCGUAGAAAUGGACAAAGAUCAGGAUUUGAAUCAUUCGCGCGCCAACACGUUAAUGUCGUGCUCGAAAGCCCUCGAACAGGAGGGACUGUGCGUAAUCGUGGCGGCCGCACUCUCAGACUGCUCCUACAAUCAUACGGGCGACGGGAACAGCGGCAGAGGAAGGCGAAUCCUUCGUCAACCAGACUUGAAAAAACACGGAGGAGCGGGAGCGGGAGCCGCAGCGUGGAGUGCCCAGCUCAUCCCCGUGUUAGGAGGUCCCCAAGACGUGGGAACCAAUCCGAUGACAAUCGACGAUCAGCUGUCAAAGCUCGCCGAAGAGUUGGUGGGAACAAAUGGGAGGUGGGAGAAGGUUGUCCUCGAGUACAGGCACCCUCCCGAGGAGAACACUUCUCACACUACUCAUUUGAAGGCCGUGGACAGCGCUCUCAACAGAAUACGGCGUUGGCUCUUUAUGCAUAUCAAUCCAGAGACGGCAGAGGCGGUUUACAUCAUCUUUUCCUUAGACGAUAAUUACCAAGCGCCCCUCACGUUGCCGGACAUCGUGAAGUUGCCGAACCUAGACGGGGUCGUUGGCGAAAGGUCUGCAGAUUGGUUGGAGGAAGUGGUCAUUGGCUGGCGGUAUGGGGAGGCGCUGGGUGCGAAGCUAUGCAAACUGGGCAAGGACUUCAAGAAAUUCAAGAAGAAUGAAUGGGACGCGCAGUGUCAGGCAGGGAAUUGCCCCUGUGGAGUAGGAAGGCACGCCGACUUCCUCAGCGCCGCUACCCUGAGACUCCUACGUGAGGAUAGAUACCUGCAUGUCAUCACCAAUGACACAGGCGUCACAAACAACGGGCAGCUGCAGUUAAUGAUUAACUCGGGACUGAACCACAUCCUGGUUAGGGCUCUCGAUGAAGAUUUUGCAUUGAGUAAGGUGGAGAGAGCACUUGACGAGAUUUUAACCACCCCGCGAUGCGAUGAGGAACUCAGCAUGGAGGAAGAGAGGGAAGUAAAGAAGACGGUAAUCAGGAAUGUGAAAGCCAGCAUAAGAGACUACUAUGUGAGGCACAUGUACAUCAGUGAGGAGCCAAUCAACGCAAUCGCAAUAAGGAGUGAAAUCGAAUGGCUGGCGGGAAGAUUCCUGAUUUGUCCUACGGACAAGGCUGCAAACACCACCACUUUUGUUUGCAUUAACUUCAUCAGAAGAUUGGCGCUGCAACGCCUCUCUGGACCAGACUUUGUACCAGUACCGGAGCAGCCGGCGCAGGUUGCUGCGAGAUUGCUAAAGGAAGCCUCCACCAUCGCCCCGGCCUGCCUUCUGGAGGGCAGGCCGCAACUGCCACAUGUCAUGACAGUGUACAAGGCACACAAGGAGUCCUUCAGAUGGAUAACCAACACGGCAGGAUCUGUACUAUCCCCGGUAGCCAAGCUCUGCGAUUGCCUUCUCAAUCUCCUGGCUGCCGAUGUACAGGCAGUGUCAGGCACUCUGCGCCAAGAAGAGUCAACAUCGUCGACAAACCUCGCACGACUCGCAAUAGCGUGUGACAUCGCUGAUAAGGUCAGGCCACCAAAAUCGCUGCCGAAGUCGGCCAAUCGUGCGAUUGACUCCAAAAUGUCCAGUAGCGGGAGCGUCGUGGAACUCGCCAAGAAGCCGUGUACGCAAGUGAGGAUCACUCGGUACGCAAAGAAGGUGUUUCCACCACGUGUGGACAAGCAAGUACCCCUCUUGGAUCCGGUAGUGAGAAGGAGUCGGAUUAGGAGAGGAGCAAUUCGCGUACUUGUCGCGAAACUCGGGGUCGGCUUGGUAGCCGCAGAUGAAGUUGUUCCGCAGGUCGUCGUCGAUCUCGAAGGUCGAGUAGACUGCGGUACAAUGGAAUGCCGUGAAAGAGCAUCCGAAAAACGGUUCCACUUCCCAGGAAUGUGAUCGGGAAAGAAGUCGAACUGGUCGAUGAAAGCCAUCCAUUGGGCGAUGGUGCUGUUGACGGUGUCUUGGGUCUUGUAGA